GCGACCUUCGUUUUAAACGCCCGCUGGUUAUCGUCCAUCUCUCCCUCGUCUUGUCUUCUCAAGUGUGAACGUCUUCGCCGACAUCAAUGGCGAGCGGCUCCGACGAGAGGAAGAGGAAGAGGACGAGGAGGGAGAAGGGGUACGGCCAGAGAAAGCUGCUUCCUGGAGAGAACGUCGAGGUAUUAUGUUGUGAGGAAGGACUGAGAGGAUCUUGGCACGCAGGGACUGUCAUCAGUUGUCAAGGAUGCUCCCGACUCAUUGAAUAUAGAGAUUUGUUAUGUGAGGAUGAAGGUUCGAAUCUUCAAGAGAUGAUCCUUGUAUCGGCUGCUGUAGAGGGCCAGGCUAGAAAAAACCCAAAGAAUUAUCGUGGCCUAAUUAGGCCCUUGCCGCCUUAUUAUGAUAUCCAGAUUUUUGAGAUGAGAUAUGGGCUCUGUGUGGAUGCCUUAGUGGAUGAUGCCUGGUGGGAAGGUGUGGUUUUUGAUCAUGAAGAAGGCUCAACAAAGAGGUUGAUCUUUUUCCCUGACCAGGGUGACCAGCAGAUGGUCAUGGUCGACCAUUUACGUCUCACCCAAGAUUGGAAUGAAACAUACGGGCAUUGGAAGCCACGCGGUGGGUGGUUGUUGCUUCAAGUGCUUCAAGCAUUCGAGGAGGAAGAUGCCCUGCCAGUCUCGAUAAGAGAAAUCUGGUAUGACUUAAGCACAAUGGUUUCUUUUAGGGAAAAGAUUGGAUUGUGGAUGUUUGGAUCUCUAUCAGUUUGGGAGCAGUUGGUAUCAGGGUUGAUCCGAGAAUUGCUAUCUGUUGUACAUGUCCUAUCAGAGGUUUCAUAUGACCAACCCGUUGAUGCUCCCACAUAUUCUGGUAAUGAUGAGAUUCCAUCGGAUGAUGUUCCUCGUCAGGUAGGAAGUCUGAUUCAAAGUGAUACUGCUGGCAUACUUUCUGGACCAGUUAGGAUAAUGGAUAAAGUUCAGUGCUCACAGCUGCUCACACCUGAUGAUUGCUUUGUUCAAGGCAAUGGAAACUCAUCCGAGUGGAACCAUGACGAGCAGAAUAAUGUCCUUGAAACAUCAGAUGUAGAGGAUGUUCAAAAUGAUAAAUCUGGAAUCCCUAGUUCAUUUGUAUACCAUGAAGAGGUGGUAUUUGCUCAUGGUUCACAUAAAAAAAGAAGAUGCCGAGACAUGCAGCACCAAGCAAAAGCUUCUAUUCCAACAGUAGCCCAAAAGUUUAAGAAAAGUAAGUUUGAUUCCAUAAAUGAAGUUUCACCUGAUGGGAAUCAUCGCAGAGAUAUGGUAAAAGCAUUUGAACCAUGUAAGGUUACAGAACCUCGGGAUAUGAAGUAUGAGGAGGCCAAUAAUAAUCUGCAAUCUGAUGCACUUUGCAUUAAGGUUAUUAGUCCUUUUAGUCAUCAAAACAAUAAGGAGGAAGAUACAGGGAACAGAACAGGACAAACAUCUUGGCAAUCUUUAUAUGCUGAAGCUGAGCGCUGCCCAGAAGCAGUUGCUUUUUAUGCCUUUCGAUCUGCUGAUAGGGAUUCUCAGGUUAAACCAUUGAAGGUAGCUGAAAAAGUGAAGAAGCAUCUUUUUGCUCUGGGCUGGAAGAUCGAAUAUAGAAGAGAUAGAUUAUUAAGAGUUCGUUUUGUCUCACCCGAAGGAAAAAACUAUUAUAAUCUUCGCAAGGCCUGCAUAGAUGUGUUGAAAAGAGAACUUGAGGGGGAUCAGAGUUGCAAGCAAGGGAGGAAAUCUUUUGGAAAUUGCUCUGGUUUCGGCAAACCUGAUUCAAAGACAGGAAACGUGUGUCCAGAACUAGCAUCCCUCGUGCAAAAUUUUUUGGAGCAUCCAUCAAUUAUGGGGACUGAACGAACGUCAGAUCAUUCUGGCCAUUGUUUUAGGCAAUUCCAAACUAACAUAGGUAUGAAGACAGAAAGAAAACUUGAGAGACUUAGACCCUUCUCCAAACUACCUGAUAAUUCACACAGCCUUCUUGACUCUGUCAGGAUGAAGCUACAUCCAGAUGAGUUUCAUGAAAGCAAGCAACCAGACAGUUCUGUUUCGGGGAAGGAAAACCUUGAGUUAAUUGUUUCUGAAAAUGUUCCUACUUAUAAGCAUAUUGAACCAGAAUACGGCCCUCAAGCUAUUUCAAAUUACAAGAGAUACAUUGAAUCAUCUCGAGAGAAAGGCUUUGAGAAACUACCUAACGUGGAUAUUGAACUGAUGAAGUUAAAUGUUCAGAAGCAUCUCUUGUACAUGGGCUGGAGAUUUGCUGAAAGGAGAAGAAAACUACGUUUUGCUUCUCCUGGUGGUGAGAUCUUUCAUUCUCUUUAUACAGCCUGUGAGGCUUACUUGGAAAAAGAAGAAAAUAUGGGAAAAACAUAUGGAAGUUCUCUUAAAGGUACAAAUGUUAGCCAAAAUUCUUGGUGUGCAUCAAUUGGAAAUAAAAUUAAUGAUUCGAAGGAGGUAAGUCUUCUGUGCAAAAAUCAGUGUUUCUCCACUUCAAUGGACCCUGAUGAGUUCCAGAAAUCUGAUGAGGUGUCAAAUAAUGGCACCGAAAAUAGAUCUAUACUUGUAUUUAGUUCUCCAGAAUGUGGAGAAGGAUUUGGUAAUUCAUGUUUGGAAAAACUUAAAAAGUCAAAGACAGGAAUCAAAAUCUCUUCUUUGUUACCUCUGAAAGUUGUAGGAUGUAGAAGACUUCUAGAACAUUAUUGCUCCCAGAAAUCAAAGAAAAGAAAGGUACAAGACCUUAGAAGCAAAGGUUAUGAAGCAGGAAGUAUUUUCUUACAGCCUGAACAGCAGUUAAGUGAAAGAUGCCAAUUUGUUCCAGUAACAUCUCCCACCCAAAAGGUAGUUGAAGCAACCUGGUCAAUGCUAAUUGAGAAUCGUAUAGUAUUAGCUAGGCAGAAGGUGCGCUACAUUUCUAAGAGAGAUGGUCAUGUUUUGAUGGAAGGACACAUAACUCAUGAUGGGAUUAAAUGCAGAUGUUGUAGAAAGUUGCAUAGUCUCACUGGAUUCGAAGCUCAUGCUGGCAGCGACAAGUGCAAACCUGGUGCGAACACAUUCUUGCUUGAUGGAAGGUCCUUACUACAGUGCCACUUACAAAUGGUGUAUGGAAAAGACCUCAUAAACUUCCCACAUCCAAGGCUAAAGCAUGUUUAUGCUCACAGCCAAAGUGACUCUGUAUGUUCUGUCUGUCAAUAUGGUGGUACACUGAUGCUAUGUGAUCAUUGCCCAUCAGCAUUCCAUGUAGGUUGUGUUGGACUAAAGGAUCUGCCAAAGGGAAAAUGGUUUUGUCCAUCGUGUCGAUGUGGUAUAUGUGCCUCAGGUGCAUUCAGUUCUGCUGACCAAUUUACAGCGAAGACUAUGUUGUAUUGUGAUCAGUGCGAACGCAAAUAUCAUGUUGGAUGCUUGAGAAGGAGAGGAACUAAUUUAAAACAUUGUCCUACUGGAAAUUGGUUUUGCAGCAAGAAGUGUUCAGAGAUAUUUUUACAUUUGCGCAAUCUUCUUGGAAAAUCAAAUCCAACAACAAAAGAAGGAUUUUCAUGGGUUCUUUUGAGAUCUAAGACAGAGACUGAUGCCAAUCUCAAUCAAAUUGAUUUUGCGACUGUUUCUAGGAAUUGCAGAAAGCUCCAUAUUGCACAAAAGUUAUUGCAUGAAUGCUUUGUGUCUAUUAUUGAACCUCGUACCCAGAGUGAUCUUUUAGCUGAUCUUCUCAUGAAUAAAGAAUCAGAGCUGAACAGAUUAAACUUUUGGGGCUUUUAUACUAUGCUUUUGGUGAGAGGAGAUGAGAUCAUAUCAAUGGCUACAUUUAGGGUUUUUGGUGAAAAGAUUGCAGAAAUGCCUCUUGUUGGUACGCGUGCCAAAUAUCGCCGACAAGGAAUGUGCCACAUUAUUUUGGAUGAACUUGAAAAGUUACUUUCUGCGUUAGGUGUUGAAAGGCUGUGCAUACCAGCAGUCCAAACACUUAUAGAAACAUGGAUGAGCUCCUUUGGAUUUACAAAGAUGAGCAACUAUGAGAGACUAAAUCUCUUGGAAUACACCCUUCUAAAUUUUCAAGAUACCAUCAUGUGCCAGAAACCGCUAAGAACUGCUCCAGAAGUUACAGAUGAAAAUAAAGGAAAAUGCCACCAACACCAAGAUAGUCCCAGUAAAAAUCUUGAUUGACUGAGAAGCUUAUGGCCUUGUAUCUGAGGGUAUUGAGGUGGUGGAGUCCGUCGAUUCAUUGUCAUCUCUUGAUAUUCAGUCUUGUUAUCUUCCUGGGCAAAAUGAUACACCUGAGAAGAUAAGUUAUCAGAAUCUUCAUUCACAUUCUCCUGCAUUGAGUGGCUACACCGAUCCAUUUGGUACGCAGUGAAGUGUGAUAUGACAGAGUAAAUCAGCACAGAUAAAUGUGGCUUGUAGUUUUUUCUUUUCUUUUCUAACGCUUGCAAUUUAUUUAUUUAUUUUUUCUAGUUCGCUGCUUGCAGCUAAAAGCUCA